AUGGAAGACUCUUACAAGGAUAGGACUUCACUGAUGAAGGGUGCCAAGGACAUUGCCCGGGAGGUGAAGAAACAAACAGUAAAGAAGGUUAAUCAGGCAGUGGACCGGGCCCAGGAUGAAUACACACAGAGGUCCUAUAGUCGGUUCCAAGAUGAGGAGGACGAUGACUAUUACCCGCCUGGAGAGACCUAUGAUGGGGAGGCCAAUGAUGAUGAAGGCUCCAGUGAAGCUACCGAGGGUCAUGAUGAAGAUGAUGAAAUCUAUGAAGGAGAGUAUCAGGGCAUCCCCAGUAUGAACCAAGGGAAGGACAGCAUUGUGUCCGUGGGGCAGCCCAAGGGGGAUGUGCACAAGGACCGGCAGGAGCUGGAGUCAGAGAGGAAAGCUGAUGAGGAGGAACUAGCCCAGCAGUAUGAGCUGAUAAUCCAAGAGUGUGGUCACGGUCGUUUCCAGUGGGCCCUAUUCUUUGUCCUGGGCAUGGCCCUUAUGGCGGAUGGUGUGGAGGUGUUUGUUGUUGGCUUCGUGUUGCCCAGUGCUGAGACAGACUUGUGCAUUCCGAAUUCAGGAUCCGGAUGGCUAGGCAGCAUAGUGUACCUUGGGAUGAUGGCAGGGGCUUUCUUCUGGGGAGGACUGGCAGACAAAGUGGGAAGAAAGCAGUCUCUUCUGAUUUGCAUGUCUAUCAAUGGAUUCUUCGCCUUCCUUUCUUCAUUUGUCCAAGGUUAUGGAUUCUUUCUCUUCUGUCGCUUACUUUCUGGAUUCGGGAUCGGAGGGGCCAUUCCCACGGUGUUCUCCUACUUCGCGGAAGUGCUGGCCCGAGAGAAGCGGGGGGAGCAUCUGAGCUGGCUGUGCAUGUUCUGGAUGAUUGGCGGCAUCUACGCCUCUGCCAUGGCCUGGGCCAUCAUCCCGCAUUAUGGAUGGAGCUUCAGCAUGGGGUCAGCUUACCAGUUCCACAGUUGGCGUGUGUUCGUGAUAGUCUGCGCGCUCCCCUGUGUCUCCUCGGUGGUGGCCCUCACAUUCAUGCCUGAAAGCCCACGGUUCUUACUGGAGGUUGGAAAACAUGAUGAAGCGUGGAUGAUCCUGAAGUUAAUUCAUGACACAAACAUGAGAGCACGGGGUCAACCUGAGAAAGUCUUCUCGGUCCACAGAAUCAAAACCCCCAAACAAAUAGAUGAGCUGAUUGAAAUUGAGAGUGACACAGGGACAUGGUACAGAAGGUGUUUUGUCCGGAUCCGCACGGAACUCUAUGGAAUCUGGUUGACUUUCAUGAGAUGUUUCAACUACCCUGUCAGGGAAAAUACAAUAAAGCUUACAAUAGUUUGGUUCACCCUGUCCUUUGGGUACUAUGGAUUAUCUGUGUGGUUCCCUGACGUCAUCAAACAUCUGCAGUCGAACAUGUUGCCCAUUGAAAAGAUCGAGAGAGAAAAAUUUUCAAAUUUCAGUGUUAACUUUACAAUGGCCAAUCAGUUGCACAUGGGAGCAGAGUACGACAAUGGCAGAUUUCUAGGGAUGAAGUUCAAAUCUGUAACUUUCAAAGACUCACUUUUUAAGGCCUGCGUCUUUGAGGAUGUGACUUCAGUCAACACCUACUUCAGGAACUGCACAUUUAUUGACACUGUUUUUGACAACACAGAUUUUGAGCCAUAUAAAUUCAUUGAUAGCGAAUUUCAAAACUGCUCAUUUUCUCACAACAAGACGGGAUGCCAGAUUACCUUCGAUGAUGACUAUAGUGCCUACUGGAUUUAUUUUGUCAACUUCCUGGGGACAUUGGCAGUGUUGCCAGGGAACAUCGUGUCUGCUCUCCUGAUGGACAGAAUCGGGCGCUUAACGAUGCUGGGUGGCUCCAUGGUACUUUCGGGGAUCAGCUGUUUCUUCCUCUGGUUGGGCAGCAGUGAGUCCAUGAUGGUAGGCGUGCUGUGUCUGUAUAACGGAUUGACCAUCUCGGCCUGGAACUCUCUGGAUGUGGUCACUGUGGAACUGUACCCCACAGACCGCAGGGCGACAGGCUUUGGCUUCUUGAAUGCCCUGUGCAAAGCAGCGGCCGUCCUUGGAAACUUAAUAUUUGGCUCCCUCGUCAGCUUCACCAAAUCGAUCCCCAUCCUGCUGGCCUCCACUGUGCUGGUGUGUGGAGGACUGGUGGGCCUGCGCCUGCCGGACACACGAACCCAGGUCCUGAUGUAAUGGGGAACAAGCCAUCCGUAUACUGCAUCUCUUUCUUCUGCCCUGUGUCGACCCUCCAGACUGACUCAAGGCUUCAGAUUUUUUCAGAUCUCAAAAGGUGGUAAAAGAUCGGAACACUAACUCUUACUGUGACUGAAAUGUAGAUGUGUACUGUCCUGCCCCUUAGAUGUGAGUUUGCAGUGUUUUUCAUGCCUUCUUACCUUUCCUAACUGGGAUGCUCCCAGCUCCCAAGAAUCAGUCCGUGGAAGCAUUUUUUUAAGUGUCCUCGUCAGCCAGGCCUCCCUAAGAUUCUGCUCACUAAAGGCUGAGGAGCCUGGGCUGGCGUAAGAAAUAGAUCCUGCUUCUGAUUUCACAUUCACGAGAAAUGUAAGUUGGCAUAUUGUUGCAUUUGUGCUGAGGAGAGGGAUUCUUUUUUUUUUUUUU